CGAGAACCGAGCGGAGCUGGUUGAGCCUUCAAAGUCCUAAAACGCGCGGCCGUGGGUUUGGGGUUUAUUGAUUGAAUUCCGCCGGCGCGGGAGCCUCUGCAGAGAGAGAGCGCGAGAAAUGGACAUGGACAAACGGAUUCAUUUAGAGCUGAGGAACAGGACGCCCUCUGAUGUGAAAGAGCUCGUCCUGGACAACUGCCGGUCGAUCGAAGGCAAAAUCGAAGGCCUCACAAGUGAAUUUGAGGAACUGGAGUUCUUAAGUACAAUCAACGUAGGCCUCACCUCAGUCGCAAACUUACCAAAGUUAAACAAACUUAAGAAGCUUGAACUAAGCGAUAACAGAAUCUCAGGGGGCCUGGAAGUAUUGGCAGAAAAGUGUCCGAACUUCACGCAUCUAAAUUUAAGUGGCAACAAAAUUAAAGACCUCAGCACAAUAGAGCCACUGAAAAAGUUAGAAAACCUCAAGAGCUUAGACCUUUUCAAUUGUGAGGUAACCAACCUGAACGACUACCGAGAAAACGUGUUCAAGCUCCUCCCGCAGCUCACGUAUCUCGAUGGCUACGACCGGGACGACAAGGAGGCCCCUGACUCGGAUGCCGAGGGCUACGUGGAGGGCCUGGAUGACGAUGAGGAGGAUGAGGAUGAGGAAGAGUAUGACGAAGAUGCUCAGGUAGUGGAAGAUGAGGAGGAUGAAGAGGAGGAUGUGAGUGGAGAAGAGGAGGAGGAUGAAGAGGGUUAUAACGACGGGGAAGUGGACGAUGAGGAAGAUGAAGAAGAUGGUGGUGAAGAAGAAAGGGGUCAGAAGCGAAAACGAGAACCAGAAGAUGAGGGAGAAGACGAUGACUAAGUGGAAUAACCUAUUUUGAAAAAUUCCUAUUGUGAUUUGACUGUUUUUACCCAUACCCCCCCUGAAAUCCUGCCCCCCGAAACUUAUUUUUUUAUGAUUGUAACGUUGCUGUGGGAACGAGAGGGGAAAAGUGUCCUGGGGCUUGUGGGGGGAGGGAGGGCGGGAGAGAGCGGAAUAAAGUACUAUUUUUA